AUGCGCCCGCCGACAUCUGUCCGGUCCUUGCGGUCCUCGCUGGCCCAGGAGGUGUCUCCUACGAACUUCCGGGAUCUGCUGUCCUCAGAGCUGGCGGAGGCACAGAGCGAGCUGGUGGCGCUGCGGGGCAGGCUGAAGGGCAUCCGCGAGGCCACAGCAGAGCUGCGGCAUCGCGAUGCCGUGGAAGCGACGGAAGCGCCUCGUCGCCUGGCACGCUCAGAGGAGUUGGCAGCUGAGCACUGCAGAACACAUCAAGAGCUUUGGCAUCUGCAGCACUCCCUGGAGCAGGUGGAGCAGAGACACCGGGCCGUCCAGGAGGCCGGGGCCAGCGAGCUCUACGCGCAGUGGCGGGACGCUCUCCAUGCACACGUGCGCGCAGGAGGCCUGCUGGAUGUGGAGGACUUCCCGUUUGAGGCCUUCCUGAAGCAGGUUUCACAUGUGGUUCCCUUGACGGAGCUGGAGGCCAAAGAGAAUGCCAUCACAGACCUCAAGCAAGAUCUGCUGGUCAUGAAGGCCCAGGUCGAAAAUGCCCAGGAGACGGAGGCCGCGGUGCUCGCCCGCAAGGCGCAACUGGCCGCUGAGUCCGCGAUGCUGCGCAUGGAGCUGCAGGAGCAACGCGCGACGAAUCAAGGUUGGGGACAGGGCCGCGUGCGUGAUGCUACCCAGAAGCUCCAGAUCCGCGAGGAGCAGGAGCAUUAUCGGAACUUGGGAGAGGAGCUGGAGGCGCAGCUGCUCAACGAUGAGGAACAGCUGAGGGCCUCUGCAGCCCGGCAAGCUCCAGUCAUGUCCAGCCUGUGGCUUCUCGGCUCAAAGCUCUCUGGAGCUGCGCAGCCGCCGCGCCGCCCAUCAGCAGAGAUGUCGCUGCUCGUCCGUUGGGCGACCUCAGGGGAGGUGGUCUUCUCGGAGGAGCUCAAUGAGGGGUCUGGAAAGACGAUUCGGGCCUUGAAGUUGGAGCUGUCACGAGCUUUGUCCGGCGAGGCGGAGAUCUCGAGGUUCCGCCUCCGUCUCUCGAAGGACAAUGACAACACGGAGAUGGAGGAUGAUGUUGUUCUGGUCCCUCCACUCGAACUGAAGCUGGUGGUGUUGGGCCUGUGGCCGCCGAACCAGGAGCUGGAUGAGAAGUUCAUCCUCGCAUGUGAAGAAGGUUGCAUUGCAGGCGUGGAAAGAAGCUUGCGGCGACCUCAAAACCCGAACGCUACAGAUACGGUCGCAGCGGGCAAUGGGGAAACUUCUUUGCAGAGGGCGGCUGGGAAGGACCACGAGGCUGGAGCUUUACCUCACCUGACAGGAACCGGUGGCACAAAUUCCUUGCUUGGGGCAUCGAUGAGGGGCCACAGUGAAGUGGCGCACUUGCUACGGGCUAGAGUCGAUGGCCUCACUCCCUUGCAUUUGGCUGGCAUGAAUGGUCACCUAGACGUUUCGCGGCUUCUGCUCGAAGCUGGGGCUCCUUGCAACCAGGCCGAGACAGCCGAUGCCAGGACCCCUUUACAUGUGGCUGCUCAUCAUGGUCACGCCCACGUGGCGCAGUUGUUGCUUCAGGCGAGAGCAUGUUGUGAUCAGCCUGCAACUAGCGGGGGGACUGCGUUGCAUCUUGCAGCUGGCCGUGGCCACUUGGAAACAGUGCGCCUAUUGCUGGAGGCCGGAGCAUCUCUCAACCAGAAGGUCAAAGCGUGUAAUGAUCGGUGGACCUUCAUGUUCACCCCACUUGAGCUGGCUGUCGAGAAGGCGCACCUCGAAGUGGUGCGCUUGUUGCUGCAGGCUGGGGCCUCUCCUGACGUGGCCAGUUCUGGCGACGGCUCAACUCCUUUGCACUUGGCAUCUGCACAUGGCCAGCUGGAAAUUGCCUGUUUAUUGCUGCAGGCCGGAGCCGCCAUGGACCACGCAUUUCCAGAGGGCGAUGCUUUGACCCCUUUGCAUUGCGCAGCCGCGAGUGGCCACUCGUCUGUGGUGCAAUUCUUGCUAGAGCGUGGGGCAUCGUGUGAUCCUACUACUGGCAAUGGCUCGACUCCUUUGCAUUUGGCCGCUCGGGGCGGCCACCUGCAAGUCGUGCGUUUGCUGGUGGACUUCGGAGCUGAUCGGAAUCGAACCACGACUGGCGAGGAGGCUGCGACGCCCUUGGAGCUAGCAGCCCAGCAUGGCGAGGUGGUUCAGGUCUUGUGCGGCACUGACACUGGUUCUGCCAAGAGAAGGAAACGAGGCGGCCGGGCUAACGAGGCAGCAGGGCUUGCUGCGCCAGCGGAAAGCCGCAUUGGAGGAGCGUGCCCGCAAAACUCAGGGGGGAGCCGCAGAGCUGCGAAAGAGGGUGGAGGCACAGGAGUACGAGCUGGGUCGGCACAGACUCGUACGAGUGUGGAGCAGCGAGGAGGCGGAGGUCAGCCGCGUGGGCCAAGAGCACCAGAACGAGGCCCUGGCCUUUCUGCGGAGCGCAGCGCGCAUCCGUGCGGACACGGACAAUGCCGAACAGGAGCUGCAUCGCCUUUGGGCGCGACUCGGGGAGGUGCACCGCGAGGCGGCAGCCCAGCGGGAAGCGUUGGGCCACACAGCCGAGCUUCGCGGGGCCGUGGAGAAAGAUGUGCUGGGACUCCGGGAGACGAGUGCUUUCCUGGCAGAGCAGAAACGCCGCGCUCAACUUGGGAUAGGGUCAGGGCCGUGCCCAGCAGCCUCGGCGGCCCUGGAGAUCCUUCCAGAGACCUAUGCAGGGAGAUCCUCAGCUCAGCGGACAUUGGCUGCUUCGAUGCCCUGGAGAAAAUAUCGCUGCAGUGGGACGGGCUGGGUGUGAAGAGGCGGGAGGAGGCUUUGCAGGCUGUCUGUUUGCGUGACAUACACAAGACCGGCAUGCAAGAGGAGGAGAUGAUCGAAGGUUCACGGAAGCUCAUGUUUUCAGCCCCACUGAUGGCUUUGCAGGAGGAGCAACAUGGUCUCCGGCCCAUGCGCACGCUCGGUCCACUCAGUCACCGAAUUGGCGGUGCGGAGAACGUACAGCCUCUUCACGCUUGGGACUCUACCAAGACGUCCUCAAAGCGUCAUCCUGCCAAGCUGGCGUCGACGACCUCCCCAAACAAGGAGAACGAGAAUGAAGACCAGGUGAAUCGCAAACUUGACGAGGCCCGCGCAGACCCGGCACCACUCCUGGAGGAGGCCUCGCGUUGCGAGCUGGAGGGGGCAGCACUCACCGAAGCGCUGCGGACAAGCCUUCCAGGUCAGAGAUUGGGCGCACUCUGCAGGCUGCGGCAGGCACUGGCUUCGACCGCACACCCUCCGAUCGCCGGGGUUUUGCAGAGUGGCGGGGCUGAGCUGCUUGUCUCUGCCCUUCGCCCUUCCACAGCCUCGACUGCUGCCUGUCAAGUCGAGGCCGCGUGGUGCUUGGUCCAGCUCAGCUGCGGUAGCCCCCGCCAGACCAAACAUUUGGCCCAGGCUGGUGCUCUUCGGGCUGGCAUGGCCGCGCUACAGCAGGAAUCCAUCGCGGAAAGUUCGGAGCUUUGCGCCUGCUGUCUGCAGCUGCUCGCGAACGCUGCUGGAGAUGAAGACCGCAGCCUGCGAGACUGCCUCCUGCAUGCCGAGAUUGUCGAGGUCCUUGGCCAGCUGUUCGGAGAGAUGCCUGGCUUCUCUUGGACACAGCUGGAGCGUGCAGAUGUCCUUCGUAACUUGACUCGGCUCAUGGCGGCUCUUUGCCACAGCGUGUCUGUGUCGAACCUGCACCGCGUCGAGUGCUGCGCAGACUUCUUUUUCCAGGUUCUAGAGGGCUCCACCGACAGAGAAAUGCUGCUCAUGGCUCUGGAGGGUCUCUGCCACCUCCUCAAGGCUAACCAGGAGUCUGCAGCCUGUGCUUUGGCUGAGAGGCUUGCAAGUGCUGGCUUUGAUCUGAAGCAGGUGGAGGCGAUGUUGGCAUUGCAGAGCCUGUCCGACACUUCUGCGCAGGUAGGCUUUGUGCUCAGCGAGAUGGGCUUCGAAUCCUAG